CAUGUGCGGCAUCUACUAUCUUCAGAUAAGCGUCCUUAAGUUUUAAUUCAUAUCCCUUCGCCUCGUGCCGAAAGGAGCCUAUCUCUCGUCCUCUAAAACUAAAACCCUAAAUUUCACCCGUUCACUUCAAUACGAGGUAUCUCAGUUCGUUUCAAAGGAAAAAUGAGUAGACGUGCAAGCAGAACUGUCUACGUUGGGAAUUUGCCGGGCGAUAUUCGUGAAAGAGAAGUGGAAGAUCUGUUUCUCAAGUAUGGACACAUAACUCACAUUGACUUGAAGGUUCCUCCCAGACCCCCGGGAUAUGCAUUUGUAGAGUUUGAGGAUGCUCAAGAUGCUGAAGAUGCUAUUCGUGGCCGUGAUGGCUAUGAUUUUGAUGGACAUCGGUUACGGGUAGAACCUGCACAUGGUGGACGUGGUCAUUCAUCGUCCCGAGACCGAUACAGUAGUCACAGUAAUGGUCGAAGUGGACGUGGUGUUUCUAGGCGCUCUGAGUACCGUGUUCUAGUCACUGGGUUGCCCUCUUCUGCUUCCUGGCAGGAUCUCAAAGAUCACAUGCGGAAAGCAGGAGAUGUUUGUUUUUCUCAAGUUUUUCAUGAUGGUAGAGGAACAACUGGGAUCGUUGAUUACACAAACUAUGAUGACAUGAAAUAUGCUAUCAAGAAGCUUGAUGACUCUGAGUUUCGGAAUGCAUUUUCCAGAGCUUUUGUCCGGGUGAGGGAAUAUGAUUCAAGGCGGGACUCCUCUAGAAGUCCUAGUCGUGGCCGAUCUUAUUCUAGGGGGCGAAGUUAUAGCCGCAGUCGUAGCCGCAGUUACAGUCGAGGGCAUAGUCAGAGCAAAUCUCCAAAGGGCAAAUCUUCGCAGCGUUCACCUGCUAGAUCUCCUUCAAGAUCUGUUUCGCGAUCACGUUCUCACUCAAAGUCAAGGUCCAGAUCUUUGUCAGGAUAUGGAUACUUGGAGCAAACUGGGAAUUGGAAAUUAGGAACUUGGUGGGAUUUGGUUCAAUUGCCUGCAACUCAAUUUGUUGUGGAGAUGUCCAUGGGUGCUAGAUUGGGAAUCAAGGAGAUCAUGGAUUGCUAUUUUAGAGAAGGAUGUCUUGUGUGCUAAAGCAAGUGGGAUUUGGAAAUCACCUUCAAUGAGAGUAAUAAAGGGAAUUUCAUUACAAUUGUCAGCUCCAAGAUUUGCCAAGCUAAUAGGAUGCACUAUAUGGAUUCUCUGGAUUGUUAUGGUGCAGUAGGGAAGAAUUCUUCUCUCCAAUCCUGGUGUCCUGAUAUUACCUUAUAAUGCUCUAUUUUUACUGGCAUCGUAUCCUGUUUUAUGGAGUAGAAUGUCUUAUAAGUUUGCCUUAAUUUUCUUUCUUUCCUUCCUUUUUUUCUCCAAUUAACGCUUUCAUAAUUUAAUUAUGUCUGGGUGUACCUCUUCAUCAUGAUAAGUGACUUGGGAGAGGCAUCAAGGCCAGUUGGAUCAAAUUUGAUUGAAGGAACUUGCGGAUUUUAAAUUAUGUUGUUUCUGGAACUUUUGCAGAUCACGAUCGAGAUCCAGAUCUCCAUUACCUAUGCGUAAUAAAAGCCCAAAGAAGAACAGCGCCAGCAGGAGCCAGAGCCGGAGCAAGAGUUUGUCUCGGUGAGCUCUGAUUGUUGUCGAUCUUCUCAGUUUAUGAAGUUGUGAAUGAUGAUGAGUUCUAUAAAGUUAGCGCCGUAAACUGAUAUUGGCCAAGUAAAUCAGCUGACUGGCUUAAAGUUGUUGUUGAUUAAACUUUUUGAAUUGAACACACUUCGACUUGUAUCUUGUCUUUACCAUCUUAGUCCAUGAGAAUUAGUGGAUUCUAGCUUUGGGACUAUGGAGUGUUUUAUGCUAUCCGGUCAUAUAAUGGGACAAUUCAAGUAUCGUUUGGCCUGAA